GUCCCAGGAUGUCUAGCUUCUGAUACUAAGGAGCCCUUUCAGAUCCAGGGACUGAAGGGUUAUUACUGUGGUGCUAGAGCUAUGCAGCUGGAGCAUUGUCUUUCUCCCUCUAUCAUGCUCUCCAAGAAAUUUCUCAAUGUGAGCAGCAGUUACCCACAUGCAGGCGGAUCUGAGCUUGCCUUGCAUGAUCAUCCCAUUAUCUCGACCACUGACAACCUGGAGAGAAGUUCACCUUUGAAAAAAAUUACCAGGGGGAUGACGAAUCAGUCAGAUACAGACAAUUUUCCUGACUCCAAGGACACACCAGGGGACGUCCAGAGAAAUAAACUGUCUCCCGUCUUGGACGGGGUCUCCGAGCUUCGUCACAGUUUCGAUGGAUCUGCUGCAGAUCGCUAUCUGCUCUCUCAGUCCAGCCAGCCCCAGUCUGCUGCCUCUGCUCCUAGUACCAUGUUCCCUUACCCCAGCCAGCAUGGACCUGCUCACCCAGCCUUCUCCAUCGCCAGCCCCAGCCGCUACAUGGCUCACCAUCCUGUGAUCACCAACGGAGCUUAUAACAGCCUCCUGUCCAACUCUUCUCCACAAGGCUACCCCACGGCGGGCUACCCUUACCCUCAGCAGUAUGGCCAUUCCUAUCAAGGAGCACCUUUCUACCAGUUCUCCUCCACUCAGCCGGGGCUAGUUCCCGGCAAGGCUCAGGUCUACCUGUGCAACAGGCCACUCUGGCUGAAAUUUCACCGGCACCAGACGGAGAUGAUCAUCACGAAGCAGGGGAGGCGCAUGUUCCCUUUCCUAAGUUUUAAUAUUUCUGGCCUCGACCCCACGGCUCACUACAAUAUUUUUGUGGAUGUAAUUUUGGCGGAUCCCAACCAUUGGAGAUUUCAGGGAGGCAAAUGGGUUCCUUGCGGCAAGGCGGACACCAAUGUACAAGGAAACCGGGUAUACAUGCACCCCGACUCCCCUAACACGGGAGCCCACUGGAUGCGCCAGGAAAUCUCCUUUGGGAAACUAAAACUAACAAACAAUAAAGGAGCAUCAAACAACAACGGGCAGAUGGUGGUUUUGCAGUCCCUCCACAAGUACCAGCCCCGCUUGCAUGUGGUGGAGGUGAACGAAGACGGGACGGAGGAUACCAACCAGCCGGGCAGAGUGCAGACCUUCACCUUCCCCGAGACUCAAUUCAUAGCCGUCACCGCCUACCAAAACACCGAUAUCACACAGCUGAAAAUAGACCACAACCCUUUCGCAAAAGGCUUCCGAGACAAUUAUGACACGAUCUACACGGGCUGCGACAUGGACAGGCUGACGCCUUCCCCCAACGACUCGCCCCGUUCGCAGAUUGUGCCUGGGGCCCGCUACGCCAUGGCCGGCUCCUUCCUCCAAGACCAGUUCGUGAGUAACUACGCCAAGUCCCGCUUCCACCCCGGGGCAGGAGCGGGCCCGGGGCCCGGCGCCGACCGCAGCGUGCCCCACACCAACGGGCUGCUCUCCCCACAGCAAGCCGAGGAUCCGGGGGCCCCCUCGCCUCAGCGCUGGUUCGUCACCCCCGCCAACAACCGCCUCGACUUCGCUGCCUCCGCCUAUGACACGGCCACCGACUUCGCCGGCAACGCGGCCACGCUGCUUUCCUACGCGGCCGCUGGCGUCAAGGCGCUGCCGCUGCAGGCAGCCGGCUGCGCCGGACGGCCUCUGGGCUAUUACGCCGAUCCCUCGGGCUGGGGGGCCCGCAGUCCCCCGCAGUACUGCAGCAAAUCGGGCUCCGUGCUCUCCUGCUGGCCCAACAGCGCGGCGGCGGCGGCGCGCAUGGCUGCCGGCAACCCCUACCUCGGGGAGGAGGCGGAAAGCCUGCCCCCCGAGCGGUCCCCCUUGCCAGGCGCCGAGGACUCCAAGCCCAAAGAUUUGUCCGACUCCAGCUGGAUCGAGACCCCGUCGUCCAUUAAGUCCAUCGACUCCACCGAUUCUGGGAUUUACGAGCAGGCCAAAAGGAGGCGGAUCUCCCCUUCGGACACCCCGGUGUCUGAGAGCUCCUCGCCCCUCAAGAGCGAGGUACUCACCCAGCGGGACUGCGAAAAGACCUGCGCCAAGGACAUCGGCUACUACGGCUUCUACUCGCACAGCUAG